GUCUACGUAACAUAUCGUUAGAGUCGAAGGAUUGAAAUGGGAGAAGUUUAUUUGGGAACGAGAGUUAAAUUAAUUGAAGAAAUAGUUGGAGAUGCUAGCAAAGGGAUUGAUUUAAAUUUACAAGUUAAUAAAAUAAAAGAUUGUUUAGAUAAAACAACGCAAUCUGUAAGAUCUAUUGGCGUGUUUCUAGAUGGAUAUGACUAUAAUAAAUACCUUUUAAAUAUCAACGACUAUAGCAACAGCCUAUCAAUCAAGGACAAACUAACUUUUAUACAGGAAUAUGAAGAAGAUCUAGAGAUAUUAGAUAACAAUCUCAGAAAGAUAGAACUAUUACACAACAAUGACGCAGACGGUACAACCAACUUGGACAGCGUGUUAAGUUUGACUACGACGAUAGAAGAUAUAAAAACAAACCUCCGUAAUCUAAAUAACGAUCUAAUACAACAAGAAAAGCGUUUCUACAACCUAUUAAUACGUUAUAACAACCAAGUAGAUAGUAUAUCAACCACGUUUAUUGACAUACACCAUCAACUAUUAAAUUUAGAAUUAAAUUUGACUAAAUUGUAAAUUAUCUAUUAUAUACCCCUUGAUUAGC